GGGAAAACAAAAUGUUAACAAGACAAUAGGGAGGGACACGAAGAAGGGGGAGGAUGGUGACUGAGGGGUAAUUUGCUGCUUUCCAUUCCCUCCCCCGCUAUGAGAAGAAUGGUUUCGUGUCGCUUUCCGCCACGAAACGCCCUUCACACGGCCAUGCAGCUUUUAAAAGGUCAUGCCGCCCAAGAAACAAAAAGGAGGCGAGACAAAAAGGGAAGUGGAGAGACACAAGACUCUUCAGCAGCAGCAAGACCACACAGGGCCUCCUCGCAAUGGGUUGGCCUGGUGGUGCGCUCCAGCGAAGCGGCGGUGGGAGGAGACAUGCAGCCGCCCCCGGCGGCAGAGCAAGCCUCCCCGCUAGUUUCUGACGCUAUCAGCGAGCUCGGCGGGCCUGCCCGCAGUGUCUGGGCGGCGGUGGCGGCUCAGCAGGGCCAGACACAGCGAUGGCCCAGAGCGGGGAGACUCACUCUCCCCUCCGCCUGGAAGCAGUUUCCUCCCAGGGAGGCCUGAGGCAGCGGCGGCCCCGGGCCAAGUAAGGGAGGGCCUCCCCUUUUCUCCUCCGCGUUUCCGCGCUGAGCUCCGCCUCUCAACCUUGCGGGGCGGAGGCGCGGCCUGCCCAGCCAGCCGGGCACCAUGUGCUGGAGGAGGCAUUGGGCACGACGGGCUGGCUAAAGCCGCGUCUUCCUCUUCCUCCUGCGCUUCCGAGAAAUCCUGCUGCUCUCGGCCCUAUGGCCAGCGAGGCGACGGCGGCGGCGGGCCCCAGCGCCCGGCUACCCUCCUCCCCAGCGCGAAGGGACUUCUACUGGCUUCGCUCUUUCGUAGCGGGAGGUGUUGCAGGAUGCUGUGCCAAAACAACCAUUGCACCAUUGGAUCGAGUAAAGAUUUUGCUGCAAGCUCAUAAUCGUCAUUACAGACAUCUAGGUGUGCUUUCUACACUGUGUGCUGUUCCGAAAAAGGAGGGUUACCUGGGCUUCUAUAAAGGAAAUGGAGCAAUGAUGAUUAGAAUCUUUCCGUAUGGUGCAAUUCAGUUUACAGCAUUUGGCCAAUAUAAAAAGAUGAUAAAGAAGAAGCUUGGCAUUUCUGGGCAUAUACACCGGUUAAUGGCUGGUUCCAUGGCAGGUAUAACUGCAGUAAUUUGUACGUACCCUCUUGACAUGGUGAGAGUACGUUUGGCAUUCCAAGUAAAAGGGGAUCACAAGUACACUGGAAUUAUUCAUACAUUUAAGACCAUUUAUACAAAGGAAGGUGGUAUGCGAGGGUUUUAUCGAGGACUUUUGCCAACAAUCGUAGGAAUGGCUCCAUAUGCAGGUUUCUCAUUUUUUACCUUUGGUACCUUAAAGAAUGUGGGACUUGCCCAAGCGCCUACCCUGCUCGGGAGGCCUUCCUUAGAUAAUCCUGAUGUCUUAGUUUUGAAAACUCAUGUAAAUUUGCUGUGUGGUGGCAUAGCUGGAGCAAUAGCACAGACAAUAUCAUAUCCUCUUGAUGUAACGCGUCGAAGAAUGCAGUUGGGAGCAAUACUUCCGGAUUCUGAUAAGUGCCUAACAAUGGUACAGACAUUGAAGUAUGUUUAUGGAAACCAUGGAAUACGAAGAGGGUUAUAUCGUGGAUUAUCUCUGAACUACAUUCGUUGUAUUCCUUCACAGGCUGUUGCCUUCACCACUUAUGAACUUAUGAAACAGUUCUUGCACCUUAAUUAAAGACGCUUAAAUUUAAUAGAAAAACACUUCCAUAUUGUGUUUUUCUAUAAAAAUUCCUAUUUCAAAUAAUUGUCAUUGAGGAACCACUGAUAUUUAUAGCACUUUCUUUGCUAAAAGAAAUACAGUGCAAAAAUUGGAGGGUGCUCAACAAGAUGGGUAAUGUAUGGGUUAUUUAAUGUUUGGGAUCCUAGAUGGAAUGAAAAAUAAAUUUGGUAAACUGAAACUUAUCAUGAAGAAAAUUAAUUUUUAUGGCUUCCAGGCCACUGCAUUUUUUGUAUUCCAUUUCAAGUAUUUUUUUUUCUUUUACCUUGAGAGUUCAAUAUCUCCUUUUCUAAAGAGUUGGCUAAUGCCUUAACAAAAAUACAUUGCUUGGAAUAUAUUGGAAACUCCUUUCACUGAACUCAGUUGGACUUGCUUCCAUGCAAAUGAGUUUAGGGCUGAGGUGUCCUUCUGUAAUCCAUUAACUACUUACUUCAGAGUCUUUUACUGAAGUUCCAUUCAUGGAUUGGAGUCUAACUUUGUUUCCCAGAUUUUCUAUGUAGAAAACUGGCUAUAUAAGGGUUACCUUAUAAGUUUAUGCUACAAAACUCUUUGACUGAGAUCCAAAGUGCUGCUUAGGUUUUUUUCAAGGAGCUUUUUCUACCCCAAUUGCUUGUUUUACAUUUUUCUUUGAACAAUUGAUUUUGUGCCAUAUUGCUAACUAGUUCUGGAUUUCCUGAAGAGCAAAACUAUACCUGAUCCUGGGGUUCCAUGAGGAGGAGUUUAUGGUAGGUUUUUGUUUUCUAAUUAGUAGUCCCAUGGGUGGCUUUGAAGAUUUGCGAAGUACCUCACCCCAAACUUCUGUUAGUUCUGUGGCAGGGUUGGGGGAAAGAGAGGUAAAGCUUCCUGGAUUUCUAAAGUAGUCACAUGGAGCUGGUUUUUUUUUUUUUUUAAAGCAGAAUGGGGAAGCUAAUAAUAUAUAUCUGAGAUCUCAUUUGGCCCUAAGUUUUAAACAUAGUUUCCUGUGCCGCAUGGGGAGCUGCUGCUAAAAAACCCACACCAAAAUUGUCUAGUGCCUCCAUUAGUUCAUGAAUGAACUUUAUGGUAGUUUGGAUACUGGCCCUUAUAUUUAUGUACUACUAAAUACUUGUGUAUUUUAUUAAUUUCAACGGAAACACUAUAUGUGAUGAAUUCAUUAAACUCUCAUUAUAAAAAGCAAAAUGUAUAAAUGUUUUGAAGUUAUCAGAACAAAUGGCUUACAUUUGAAUUAUAAUAUUCAAUUGAGCUCCUAAAAUGAAAUUAAGAGGGCAUGAACAAAUAAUCAGUAUGGGUCCAAAUCUCAGAAAACAUUAUACCUCUUGCAGGACAUGUGCAUCUGCGACACUACUGAAAGCUGAGGCUAUUCUAUGAUUUUUAGCAUCCUCUAUGAAUGUCUUUGCAUGUGUUCUAUUUUAUCGGAUGGAGAGCAUAUUGUUACAUAUGGACAAAGGUACACACACUCUUCCAGUGGAAGGAGGAAAUAGAAAGUUUUAUUAACAAAAGGAUAAUACUAGAAGGCAACAACUCUGAACCAAUUUCAAGCAGAAACUGUAGCUAUAACUGCAGUAGGCGUGUGCACAUGCAGCCUGUACAGUAUUUUACCACACUGAUGUCACCAUAUUUUUGUGCCUUCUGUUACAACCCCUCCGGAUGUAGGGUACAACUUUAUUACUCUUUAGUUUCUCAACCAUGAAAAUAGACCACACCAAUAAUGGAAGACUGGACUUUUCAGUCAAGUUCUGCCUAUACUACAUAUUAUUGCAUCACAGUGGGGACAGGCUUGAUACCCAAUGUGUGCAUGGUUAUGCCCUUUCAAGGAGAACUGUUCACAUCUGACAAAAAAAAUCAAUCCUGUCACAUGGCGUUAACAACUGUGGGCAAUUUGGAUGAUUACAACUGAGUCAAGAUAGUUAGGCAUGGGUGAAUCUUGCCUACCCAUCUCCCUUUGUUAGCAGUAUUCCAAUGUCGCCUUCCUACUGUAAGUUGAUGUUAAAAAGGUUUAUUUGAUUCAAACAGAAUCUACAUUAAUAAAAUCAGAACAUGAACAGAUCUUAAAUUUUAAAACUAUGGCAAUACAUUUCACUAAUUUUACUGUGAAAUGAUGUAACUUAUUUAUUUAUUGUAAAUACUGUACAUGGAUACUAGCAACAGCUAGGUUAUCAAAACUAACAGAUGUAAGAUGGAUAUUGCAUAUGGUCCACAACUGGGACAUAUACUCAAAUUCUGUGGCUUGAUUUUUUUAAGUGAAAGUUUAUCUUUUUAGAUAUUGUCAAAUUAUACAUGUCAUUAUUGGCAGAAAUGUAAUUACUGUGUAUUAAAAUAAGUCUUGAAAAGCAAUACAACUGAACAUACCAGCCAACAUAAAUGCAUGUUUGGAAUUAUGUCUUCCUCUUAUCCAGGCUUAUGGUGUUUAAUUAAACGAUCUUAAAGUGA